AUGCGGCCAUACGACGAAGAGGCCUGGUUCAGAAUGAAGAUGGAGUAUCCAAAAUACUCCCGUGCAUACAUUGGAAUCCUGAAUGUACUUGCUUCGGCCGGAAACAAACUAAAAAUUGAGGAGCUAUCUAUACAGAGCAACGGGCUACGACAUGGCCUGAUAGCUCAUUUCUUCAACCAGGUAACACCAGAGUACCAUGACUUUGUUGCGAUGCUGAGUAGAACGACGUUCCGACGUCUGGAUCUAGUCCUCACCACAGAGAGUCAAAAUCGCAUCCAUUGGCCAGCAUUCCGUUCGGGCCACCUGCGACACGCCCUAGGUCAGGCCGUGAACCUUCAGCACUUCAGCCUCACUGCUGACUUGCACACAGUCAGGCCGUCCGAGGAUAACUGGACUGCGUUGGAUCAAAUCAUUCCCGCCGAUUUAUGGCCUCUACUUCGAUCUUUCCGCCUGAUGGACUUUUUGGUCAAGCAGGAUGAUCUUGUUACCUUUCUCGGUACGCUUCCGCUGAGCGUUCGAACUAUCGAGCUAGGCCAGCUUGAAUUCGUCCCCGAGAAUGGCGAUUAUGCCACACUACUUGACUUGAUCAAGCACGAGCUGCAUUGGAGUGAUCGGCAAGUUGCAAAGCAACCGCGACUGACCAUCAUCGUUGCCAUUAGCGACUUUGCUCCACCUGGCAUGAUGAACUGGAUCGAUUCUGAGGUUCAGGAAUUCAUAUAUUAUCAUGGAAGAAACCCAUUUCGAGGUCUUCGAGGGCCUGUGGGAGUCGAUGCCGGGGUUGGUGUUGAGCGAGAUAUGUUCAAUCCAGAUUAUGAAUGGCCUCAUCAAGACGAUUUUGAUUGGGAGCGGGAAGUCAAACGCAUGAGAGAGAAAAAUCAUCAACUUUUCAUGGAUCUACAAAUCUGCGUGGACAGAAUGCUCUGGCCUCCAGCCAUUGCUUCCAUGCUUGAGCCGACGAGAGACGAUGAUGAUGUUGACGGCUUAUAUGGUGACACAUCAUUUGACCUCGAAUAG